AUGAGUACGCUUCUUUUCAGUCAUCCCGCCUGCGAGCAGCACGAUCCCGGGCCUCUUCAUCCGGAAAAUCCGGGCCGUCUCAAGGCCAUCAUGAAGACUCUCGACAGUCCCGAGUUUUCCGGUCUGCUGCGCCGCGAAGCCCCGCGCGCCGAGCAUGGACAGAUUGCGCGGGUCCAUCCUGACAGCUUCGUGCACGAGGUUCUGGCCGCCAUACCGGACCAUGGCGACCGCAUGCUGGAUGCCGAUACCAUCGUCUCGCCGGGCUCGGGCGAAGCCGCAUUGCGGGCCGCCGGCGCGGUGGUCGCGGCGGUUGACGCGGUGAUGGCGGGCGAAGCCGACAACGCCUUCUGCGCGGUCCGCCCGCCGGGCCACCAUGCCGAGCCGCGCCAGGCCAUGGGCUUCUGCCUGUUCAAUAAUGUCGCGGUCGGCGCCCUGCAUGCCCGCGAGGUGCACCGCUGCCACCGCGUCGCCGUGGUCGAUUUCGAUGUCCACCAUGGCAACGGAACCCAGGCCAUGUUCUGGGACGAUCCGGACCUGUUCUACGCCUCGACGCAUCAGUUUCCGUUCUAUCCCGGAACCGGACGCGCGCAAGAGCGCGGCGUUGCAAACAACAUCAUCAACGUGCCGCUGCCGCCGCCGGCCGGAUCGGCGGAGUUCCGGCAGGCGAUGCGCGACUGUGUGAUUCCGGCCAUGACGCGCUUCGAGCCGGAGUUCGUGUUCAUCUCGGCCGGAUUCGAUGCCCAUGCCGACGACCCCCUGGCCAGCCUGAACUUCGUCGAGGAGGACUAUGCCUGGGCGACGCAGCAGUUGAUGGAGCUGGCCCGCAGCGCCUGUGGGGGGCGAUUGGUCUCGGUUCUGGAGGGGGGCUACGAUCAUGCGGCUCUGGCCAGCUGUGCCGCAGCCCAUGUUCCCAACGACAUCCAGGCGAUGAGCUUCGAGGAGGCGCUCGACGCCCUGAAGCAGAUCGUGGCCAAGCUGGAGCAGGGACAGGGCGCCCUUGACUCCGCGAUCGAGGAUUACGAGCGCGGCGCGGCCCUGAAGCGCCAUUGCGAUCAGAAACUGCGCGAGGCGCAGGCCAAGAUCGAGAAAAUCAGCCUUUCGGCCGACGGCACGGAUGCCUUGGCCAGCCAGGGAGAAACGAUUUCGGCCCUGCUCGACCGGAUGCUCCCGAAGACCGACGGACCGCGCGGGCGCGUUGUCGAGGCGAUGCGCUAUGCCGCCCUGUCGGGCGGAAAACGCCUGAGGCCGUUCCUGGUGCGCGAAUCGGCCCGCCUCUUCGAUGUCCCCGAGCAGCAGGCGCUCAGGGUCGGGGCCGCCAUCGAGAUGGUGCACUGCUACAGCCUGAUCCACGACGAUCUGCCGGCGAUGGACGACAGCGACCUGCGGCGCGGCCGCCCGACGGUUCACAUCGCCUUCGACGAGGCAACCGCGAUCCUGGCCGGCGACGGGCUGCUGACGGAGGCUUUCGCGGUUCUGUCCGGGCCCGAGACCCAUGACCUUGCGGCGGUGCGGGUUGAAUUGUUGCGGCAACUGGCCGCCGCGGCCGGGGCGGCGGGCAUGGUGGGCGGCCAGAUGAUCGAUAUGUCGCCGGAGCGCGCUGAGCUUGACCUGGCCGGAAUCUCCCACCUGCAAAGCCUGAAGACCGGGGCGCUGAUCCUGUUUUCCUGCGAGGCCGGCCCGAUCCUGGCACAGGCGCCCGAGCCUCAGCGGCAGGCGCUGAAGGACUAUGCCCGCGAUCUCGGCCUCGCCUUUCAGAUCGCCGACGACAUCCUGGACGCCGAAAGCACGCCGGAAGCGCUCGGCAAGCCGACGGGCCAGGACGCAAGUCUCGGAAAAGCCACAUUCGUCGGCCAGCUUGGCAUCUCAGGCGCCCGUAACAAGGCGGAGGCCCUGGUGGAUUCAGCCUGUCGGCGGCUUGAUCUUUUCGGCCAAAAGGCGGACCUUUUGAGAGAGGCGGCGGCCUUUGUGGUCGCGCGAGUGGCAGAAGCCUUGGCAGAGAUCGGUCAUAAUCGGCGCCCGACGCCGCUGCUCGACAGCGUUUCCGACCCCUCGGAUCUGCGCAAACUCGACGAAGGACAGCUGCGUGACUUCGCCGACGAACUGCGUGCGGAGAUGAUCGAGGCGGUCUCCGUGACCGGCGGCCAUCUGGGCGCCGGCCUUGGUGUCGUCGAACUGACGACGGCCCUGCACCAUGUCUUCAACACGCCCGAUGACCGGCUGAUCUGGGAUGUCUCCCACCAGUGCUAUCCGCAUAAGAUCCUGACCGGCCGGCGUGACCGUAUCCGCAGCCUGCGCCAGGGCGGCGGGCUCUCCGGCUUCACCAGCCGCAAGGAGAGCCCUUACGACCCCUUCGGUGCGGCGCACAGCUCGACCUCGAUUUCCGCCGGCCUGGGCUUCUCCGUUGCGCGCGACUUCCGCGGCGAUGACAACGCGGUCAUUGCGGUGAUCGGCGAUGGCGCGAUGAGUGCCGGCAUGGCUUACGAGGCGAUGAACAACGCCGGAGCCAUGAACAGCCGUCUGAUUGUCAUCCUCAACGACAACGACAUGUCCAUCGCGCCGCCCGUGGGGGCGAUGAGCGCCUACCUCUCGCAGCUGAUUUCCUCCAAGCCGUUCCAGUCCGUGCGCAGCCUCGGGCGGGUUGUGGCCAAGCGCUUCCCGCGCCCCAUCGAGAUGGCGGCGCGCCGCGCCGAGGAAUAUGCCCGCGGCCUGCUGACCGGCGGCACGCUGUUCGAGGAAAUGGGUUUCUUCUACGUCGGGCCUAUCGACGGCCACAACUUCGACCAUCUUCUGCCGGUGCUGAAGAACGUGCGCGACGCGGACUACGAGGGCCCGGUGCUGAUCCACUGUGUGACCCAGAAGGGCAAGGGCUACGAGCCGGCGGAGGCGGCGGCGGACAAGUACCACGGCGCGCUGGGGAUCGAGAUGCCGGAGCGGGGGAGCGCAGUGGAAAUCGGCAAGGGCCGCAUCCUGCGUGAAGGCAGCAAGGUUGCCAUCCUGUCGCUGGGCACGCGCCUUGCCGAUGCCCUGGCCGCUGCCGACGAUCUCGCCGCCCGCGGCCUGUCGACGACGGUGGCCGAUGCCCGCUUCGCCAAGCCGCUGGACGAGGACCUUGUACGGCGUCUUGCCGGCGAGCACGAAGUUCUGAUCACGGUCGAGGAGGGCGCAAUCGGCGGGUUUGCCACCCAGGUGAUGCAGUUCCUCGCGCGCCAGGGACUGUUCGACAAGGGGCUGCGCUUCCGCCCGGUCACCCUGCCGGACUUCUUCAUCGAUCACGACAAGCCGGAGCGUCAGCUGGCGCUGGCCGGGGUCGACCGCGAAGGCAUCCUCGCCGCGGCGCUGCAGGCCUUGGGCCAGCAGGAGGUCGAGUCACCGGCCCGCGCCUGA